AAGACAUUUUAUUGAAAGAGAAAACGGUGUGUGUGUUGUUUUAUAACUCUCAAGAAGGAGGAAAUGAAGUUCGUGCGCCACCAGCAGGUCAGCCAGCUUUUCCAUAACAAGUUCAUUGUGGUGUUGGGAGACUCCAUUCAGCGGUCUGUCUACAAAGACCUUGUCUUGCUUUUACAGAAAGAUGAAUACCUCCACCUGGCACAACUUAAAAGAAAGGGUGAGAUGAGCUUUGAACAGGACCGCCUGAUGGAAGGAGGUUGCCUCAACGUCAUGCACAAUGGGACGGGAUACAGGGAGGUCCGGCAGUACCAGUCCCCCCACCACCUGGUCCGUUUUUACUUUGUCACAUGUGUCUACUCCGACUACAUGAAGAGCAUCAUGGAGGACUUACGCCAUGGGUUGAAACCAGAUUUGGUCAUUGUCAACUCCUGCGUUUGGGACAUUUCAAGGUACAAUUCAAAAUGGGAGGCCGGGUACAAGGACAACCUCCUAAAGUUUUUUGAAGAACUGCUUUGCGUCCUGCCAGAAGAAAGCUUGGUCAUCUGGAACCUCACCAUGCCCCUUGGAGAGCGCAUCAAAGGGGGGUUCCUGGUUCCUGAGAUCUCGCACAAGGCGGCUCAUCUACGCCACGAUGUGAUCGAAGCCAAUUUCUACAGCGGACUCCUGGCUCAAGACUGGAAGUUGGACGUGCUGGACCUCCACUUCCACUUCCGCCACUCUCUCCGGCAUCGCGCCGCCGACGGCGUCCACUGGAACGCCCUGGCCCACCGCCGAAUAAGCACCCUGCUGGUGCUACACGCCGCAGACGCCUGGGGCGUGGACCUGCCGCUCAACUCUCUCGCGGACAUUUCCGUUGCCCAUCUACUGCCAGGCUUGGAAAGUGAGCGGCGUGUCGCGAGGCCGCCGAGAAUCAACUGGUCGCCUCGUCCUCCCUUCGGUGACUUUACCAACUUUUACGCGGACCCUGCGGCGUACGCCCCCCAUUAUGCCGUUGACUACGCACCUUACUCUCAUCAUGGCUGGCCCCCGGCAUAUUACGACGAGCCGUUGGUGAUGAGGACCAGGCGCGCCAGGUACCAGUACAUGCCUUACACCCAUCACAGGCCUCAUCAGUACUACUAG